CCAAUCCGAUCCAGUCCAGCUCAUUUGUGACGCCAUUUUAACCUGGUGCGCACGGUGCGGUGAUUUACGCGCGUCUGCCGCCUCAAUUCGCCGACGUCGUUUGACAGCUGAGGCAGCCCGCUGACAUGAAGCACGUGGAAGAAGCGGCAGUUCGCGCUGUUGGAAAGGUCCUCAAUGACCGGAGCCGACCGCUGAAGGAACGCUUUCGAGCGCUGUUCACGCUGCGCAACUUGGGCGGCGCGUGUGCGAUCGAGUGCAUCGCCAGCUGCUUCACGGACCCGUCGGCGCUCCUGAAGCACGAGUGCGCCUACUGUCUGGGCCAGAUGCGCGAUCCCCGCGCCAUCCCGACGCUCGAGAAGCUGCUGAGAGACGAGAAAGAGGAGGCGAUCGUGAGGCACGAAGCCGCCGAGGCGCUCGGGGCCAUCGCGGAGCCGCAAAGCAUGGAUAUUCUGCGCGAGUUCGCCGCCGACCAGACGGCCGUCGUGGCUGAAACGUGUCAGCUUGCGUUGGCGCGCAUGUCUUGGCUGGCUAGCGCCGAGAGCCAGCUCGAGGCUUUCGCCGACAGUCCGUACAGUUCCGUGGAUCCCGCGCCACCGCUGCUGUCGGACGAUGGGGGAGGCGUCGAGGAGCAGGCGCAGCGUCUGAUGGAUAAGUCGGCGCCGCUGUUCGAGCGGUACCGCGCCAUGUUUUCCCUCCGGAACGAAGGCAGCGAGCCGGCGAUACGGGCGCUGGCCGAAGGGCUUCGCUGUCCGAGCAGCGCUCUGUUCCGCCACGAGGUCGCGUACGUGCUGGGCCAGGCGAGGCACGAGGCCGCCGUCGAGCGGCUCGGCGAGGUUCUGGCCGACGAACAGGAGUGCGGCAUGGUGCGUCACGAGUGCGCCGAGGCGCUCGGCUCGAUCGCCACGGGAGACUGCUUCGAGAUGUUGCGCCGCUUCGAAGCCGACGACGAGCCGCUGGUGAGAGAGAGCUGCGCCGUGGCGCUGGACAUGUGCGAGUACGAGAACAGCUGCGAGCUGCAGUACGCCGACACUCUGCUCAAGGUGCAACAGGAGGCCCUCAUCUGAAUCCUUUUCGUGUUGCGUCGCGAUGCUCCCCGAACCGGUCGUUUCGUGUGAUUUGAUUGCCUCUUGUUGCUUUGAAUUUCGGGCCCGCGAUGGUACCGAGGUUCGCACAGUACGCAGUCAUCGAUGGCCUUGCAUUUAAUGCUUUUUUUUCACAUUUGAUCAUCUUUCACACGAAUACGCAUUGUUAUGAUUAUUUAAAAAUUGAUUGUGUGUCAAGUUGUCGCUUAUAUCCCAUUAAAUCCGAGUAGUGGUGUUUGCCGGUAAUGUUCCAUCAACGGCAUGUGGUGGGAUUGAUGUUUACAUAAACUGCUAAAACUGAAAGUAGCGCUGGUUUCAGCUUUUUAUGAGACUCGUUACCACCUGUUCCUGCGAGAGUGUCUUCGUGUGUAUCUGCGAAGGGUCAGGCGCACGUGAGAGCGUCAAACUUUUGACUGUCUACCGGCAUGGCUCGCACUACACACCCAGUUUAAACCUGUAGCAUGCAUACAGGGCACCUGUGAUGCUAAUCAAGUAUGUAGCUUUUGUUUGCUGUUAGCAUAAAAUGUGUCCUCGCAAGGUUUCAAUUGCCAUGACAGCAUUGACAUUAGAGUAGUCAAUAUAUUUUCUCCCAAUAUGUGCAUUUCUUAUUUACCGCAGCAUCGAGCAUUGAUUUCUUGCAGUGGUUGUGAUGCAUUAUGUUCCUCACUCUUGAUUGGGUGGCCAUGCAUUCUGCGCAUGUUUUUCACAUGCAUAAUGCAUGCUCAACAAGCAUAUGUGAAAAUACAGUGCAUUAUAAUAUAUGCAGCCAUUUCAUCUAGAAAGUAGCCAAAAUAUUUAAUGUUAAGGUGUCCACAGGAUCAAGUUGUGACAUGGGUGGUAAUUACAGGGGGCAUAGCUUAAUGUUUUUGAUCAAAGCAGAUUUGGUUAGUGCCCCUUUCAUGUUUCCCCACCCCACUUUUUAGAGCUGAAGGUGAUGCAACCCAUCCUAACUUUUUUUGGCUUCUGCUCAGUCUUUUUUCUCACAAAAGAGUAAGCUGAGGUAACAACCCUUGCUCAGCUGAGCCAAGAAAUGAUGCUGUCAGAAAGCAAAAGCACCCAUCGUGGUGAUUAAGCCACUUUGAUAUGCAAGCUCUGGCACACAUUUAUGAAAGUGCCAUUCUUAUUGGUAAGAAUUUAUGGUGCCUCUAGGUGAGUGAAAUGUGGAGAAAAGUGGUUUUGUUUUUGUCUACUUCAAUUUUUGCAUUUUGAGGUAGAUCUACUUUCUUUUCCAGACACCAGUUUUGUCAAUCUUUUAUAUAACUCGAAGGGGGAGGGGGUGCUAUACAAAGCAUUCCUUGAAACAUUAUGCUUCACUGUCAGAAUAAUGUUGCAGGGCUCCCUUAAUGUUUUUGUUGUUUGCACCAUGAGUAAGUAGUGACUGACAUAUGUUACAGUGAUGAGCUGGCCCUGGUAAAAUGUGUGAAUUUCUAUUUGGUUCACAAUCUUGUCUUCAUUACGAGUGGCUCUUAUUAGCAUUCGACAGUUGUCCUUGUUACUGAUUUACAUCCUCACUGGCACAUCACAGGUGGCUUCAUCUUGCACUAAAUGUGACAGGCUAGGCUACGUGAAUUUGAGGCUGUGGAGGGGAGGAGCAAUUUAUUAUUUUUUAAAGAUUUACGAUACCUUACACAUCCUGUGGGGAAGCCUUGAGUAAGGGGUUUUAUAGUAAUAUAUAGGCAUUCUUUUUUAUUUUUAUUGUUCAAUAUUUGAGACCACAGGUCUGAGUAGGAGAGGAAGACAUGUAAAAAGAUAGAAAUACAUACAAUAUAAACAAUACAAUAGCACCAAAAGCUACCACACAUGUGUAACAGUGUAAUACCUUUUUUAAAGCCAAAAAAGCAAUGACACAGCGUGAAUUUAAUUUUAACGUUUUACACUCAACAUACCAGGUUGCAGAAACGCAAAAUUUUAGGGAAGUGUAUUGCACUCUGAGAUUUACCUUAACACAGGAAUGCGCCCACUCAUAAACAUACAAAAAUAUACAUGACUGCUGCUUGUAGCAAAGACAGACAAAUAGAAGAAUUUUUAGUGUAAUCUCGCACUGCAAUGCUUUCUUGACUGAAGACAGUUUGUGCAUUGCCUGUCAGAUGACAUUUCUUGCAGUUACAUUGAUCCCACUGCUACACAGGUACACAACCUCCCGAACCUUUGGAUGAUUUUUAUGGAAAUACUGGAACGCCAAAGCAUAUUACCCACAGACAGCUUUGAUAAGCACUGUGAAAUUUUGUGAAGUGGCCACAGUGCCUCUGCAUAAUGGCUGCUUGCAAACACAAGGCCAACUUGUGGCUGUUAAUGCAGCACGGGCGUCCUGUUUAUUUUCUUAAGCUUGCAUUGCUUGGCCUUGUUUAACCUGUGUUUACAGAUGCCCGCUCGAAGUCUGUUGUGUUUGUUCACAUUAUUUCUACGCCUCUAAGAUAAGCACUACUUGAUUUAUGAACAGCAUUUGCAUACACUGACAGCAUCCACAUGUGGCUUUUUGCUGCUUCACUGUGGCAGUGAAGUGCUGUAGUGUCAUGUCAUGCCCAAGUGUCGCUAGAGACAAACAUGACUUGCCAACAAGUUUUUGUACACUAUAGUUACUGGGUUGUGCCGACAUGGUUGGUGUUAAGUCCCCACUUCGCCAUGUUGCCUAUAAUUGCCAUGGAAGCUCUUUUGAUACUCUGAGGGCAGUCGAGAUGCAGCGAGUUCGCAUUGUACAAAAUGUUGGUGUGUGUAAGUUAUGGCUAAUAGGUAAUGCAUGAUGUAAACCUGUAGCACUCGACAAAAGAGUGGGAGGAUCAGCGUGCAGUAUGUGCGUGAUGUGAAUACAUCUAAUUCACGUGACAUGGCUUUUGAGUGCUGUAGGUUUAGACCUUGGAGCUGCAGGAGCUGAGGCAUCUUGGUUCAUGAAAGGCUUUCAUCCAUUUGUUCAAAUAAUUGUUCUGGCUUGCUGAAUAUUGUAUUGGUGAGUGCUGAUCAGCCUAACUGCCCUAGACAGGUGGUGGAAACUAUUGAUUCCUCAUGCUAUGAACUUUUUUUCUCCAGCUUGAAAUGUUCAAGGAUUGCUGCGGAGUCAACACAUAGUAACAUAUACCUCUGAUCUGUAGAUUCCUGCAUAACUUGUUUGGGGAAGUAUUCUGAAAACACAUUCUAAAUUGGUUUCAUUCAGCAAUACUUCAUUAAAAAAAAUGCAUGACAUAGUGUACUGUGGGACACGUUGUUUAAGAGUGAGUGUUGACCAAUAUAUUAAUCAGUCAACAUCCACUUAAAGUGGUUGACUUAAUAUAAGAGCUCCAUAAUUAAUUGUUGAACAUCAGUUAGACAGACUAACCUACACAUGGUUUUUAGCUGUUCAACUUAAUGGGAGACACCAGCUCCAGAAGUUAUCCCUGUAAUCUGCAGCUUUUGCUUGCAAGGAAUACUGCUGGUGUGUUAAGUGCCAACCACAGUGCUAACAUUGUAAUGUUGUAAUGCUUCCUGGAGCUGGAAAGAGCACUGCUUUAUUGCCCAAGUGAAAAGAUGUCAUUCUCUCUGUCUUGCCAUCAUGCUCAGGAAACAGAGUAUGUUUAUGUACAUGAAAUGAGCUUUUGGCCAGUCUGAAAAAUGUUACUUCGUGUAAAUCAGUGCAGUGCAAAUUAUAGGCGUAUUCGAGAUGUGCAUCAGUAUGAGUUAUAAUUUGUCAUCCUGUCACCUCCUUGACAGCCAGUACACUCCCUGCAUUUUCUUUUUUCUUGGGUCAUGUUUCUGGAUGUGAGCUGGUAGGAUUAGUGUUGUGUUGCAUGAAAAUGACAUAACUUCACUAGUUAAUGCCACAUUUAAAAUAUGCAUGUAGCAGCAGACACGGGAAGCCAGACUGUUCUGUUCAUCAUGAAAAAACAUGCCAGCUUCUUAUCCUGGAGCUGAUCGUCAUUGUUGGACUAGCAGAAAAACAACUUUGAAACCAUUGUUCUUUCACUUUGCAAACAUGCUGAGAUCAACGAGCAGCCUUAAGAGUACACCUGAAUGCAUUGCUUACGGGAUGUUUGUCGAAAGCCUUGUUGUGCAUGGGUAAUGUGGGGUCAUAGACUGUAGCCUGUGUUGUAGAUAGCGGUGCAGUUGUUUUCAUCAUGGUCAUUUAUUUGUUCAUAUAUGGCACAGCCUCCCUUACCUUAGUCUGUGGCUCCUUUGACAAUCUUCACUUUCUCUGUUACUAACACCCUGCUGCACGGAGUCUAUUGGCUGGGCUGGUUGGCUUUACGUUAAACAUGGCCAACAGGGCAUAUGACAGGACAAACGAUUUAGUAUAAACAUCUGUCGUGUUUGCAUGCCAUUUGUCCUGUUGUCUGCAUUGUUCAUCAUGUUACACCUUGAUCUCGUUGGAAACACAUUGAUUCAAGGGGCAACGCAAGAAAAAUAAUGAGCAAAUCAGAGCAAAUAAAAAAGAAGAGUGUUGAACCUUUCUUUGUCUUAUCAGCUGCUGAACAUUUUGAGGUUUCUUGUUGUACUCUCACGGCUAUCAUGAAUCUUGAGUGCGCUUUGAAUCUGAUGUGAAUGGUUCCCCUUGCCAGACUUGAGAAAGUUGUACUUCUGAGAAACAGCUCUUUUGUUGACUACUACUUUGCAGAAAUGUCAAAUGUGCGGUGGCAGCAUUUCGGCGACUUUACCUUGUGCUGCAGCAUUUGUGUCGUAUCUGUACUGUGUGAGUUCUGUAUAACACAAUUAUCUAUUAUGCCUUGGACUAGAGCUAUUGGUAAUGACUUUGUUAUGGCACAUUAGCCACUAGAAAGAAGAAAGAAAAAAAAACAAAAGGACUGCUCUGAACUAGAACGAAUAUGUCUUCAGUUAGAUGGAGGACACUUUUCCCUUUCAAUAACUGUAACAAAGCAGUUAUGUUACUUUGACUGUACAGCUGUUAAAGAAAAAAAAAGGUACUGGUGGUUGGGAAGGGGGAGGGGGGCUGGGCAGAGGAUGCUGAGUAGAGUGCGACUGCCUUUUGCAUUCAAUCAUGCUGUCCAUCAACCCCUUGGAUAGUUGACUUUCUUUCCCUGCUGCUGUGGCUCCUUUUGCAGGCACUUUUCACUGUAUUCAACCUUAGGUUAAUAUCACACAUGCUGAGGUAGAAGUAGCUUGCUUUUAAGUUGAGCCUGAAUGCACGAUAGGACUUCACAGGCUUCAGAUUUAAGCUAAUUUACUCAUAUUUGCUGCCGAUUCUAUCUCCUUAGCAUGCCAUCUGCUCAUAAAAUAAUGGCAAUGUAACUUUCAUCACACAGGAACAAACUUCAGGCCACCUCACGCCAGUCAUUCUUAAUGACUAGGAACUGGAGAAAGGACCAUCCCCCUUUAUUUUGUAUGAAUUUCAUCAGGACAUUGUUGUUGGACCAGUGACAUAGCCAGGAAGUGGCACACCUGGCUCAUGCUUCCCCUGUUGGAAUUUCUGUGUUAGCAUGUGGCCUGCCCCCCUCCCUCUUCCUCCCGAUUCGCAGUCAAGUGUAUGCCGACCUCCACCCUCCCCCCCCCCCCCCCCCGCCCCUAAAAAAAAAAUUCUUGCUAUGCCACUGCAUACCACAGUGUUCACUGAGGGCAGCCCCUGGCAACAGUUGUAUGUUGAAAGCCGGUUAAAUUUGCCCAACUGCUGGAGGUCACACUUUAGGCUUCCUUGCUGAGGAUCAUUGUCACCUGUCUUUUAACAAUUUACUUUUUGAAUUUGCAAGGUGCAUUAAAUUAUCACUUCAUGCCUUUUAUAGCCAUUGCAUAGCAGAAUGGCUUUUCUCUUAGAUUUCAGGACAGGCAGCUCAGACAAGGUACCAAAGCUGUUAGCCUUCAGGCAUUGUCAGUCCUUUUAGCUUCUAACCAAAAUAUUGGCAAAAGUAGUCAAGAAGUUUCUCAUUGUGCUCUGGAAGAAACGACUGAAAGGUCAAAGUUAAAUGAAGACAGAAUGGCAACUUUUCAAGCAGCUCAUUCACUCCAUUCUGCGCAGCAUUCUUUCGGGGCAGCAUAGGCUGAAACGGGAGUCUGCAACUAAAUUUGAACACUGCCAUAUGACAUGAAGUAUUGAUGCCAAGUUUUUCUGGUGGUGUUGGUUUGUGUUCUUGCAACCUCCAGCAGCUGCACUCUAACUCAGGUUUAAUGUUAACAGUUAUAAGAGUGUUGUCUGAAUGGAUGUUUGAAUAUUUAUUGCAUAAAAGGGUACUAUAUCUGCCAAAUCACUUAUAGCAACUGUAAAGAGCAUUUGUCCCAAUAAAGAACAAUCAAAACUA